AUGAUCUUGCUAUCUCCUAGGAACAAUUCGCUCGAGAAGCGCACCCGCUCUUCCGAAUCUUUUGUUGUCUCUUCUGUGCCUGUGCCCCAUACACUUGCACAAUGGAAUACCAGAAUCGAGAGUUUGGCCGGCCUCGAGGCACGUGGUAUCGCGCGAGUGCCUCCAGAGGAGCGGCAUGAAGGAUCCGUCAUGGGCUAUGCGCAAAUGACAAUCCUCUGGUUCAGCGCAAAUGUCACUGCAAACAAUCUUGCCGUAGGUCUGCUUGGGCCAUUAGUCUUUAACUUGGGUUUCGUCGACAGUGCGAUGAUGGCGACGUUUGGUUCCCUGCUGGGCUCAGCGGCGACAGCCUACAUGAGUAUCUGGGGUGCGCAAAGUGGAAACCGUACGAUGAUUGUGACACGUUACUUUAUGGGAUAUUGGCCUGCGAAGCUGAUAUGUUUCCUCAACAUGAUUAUUAUGGUUGGGUAUUGCACCAUCAGCUGUAUCAUCGCUGGGCAGAUCUUGUCAGCUGUCAGUGGAGGUAGUAUGAGUAUUGCUGUUGGAAUCAUCAUCACUGCGCUCGUCAGCUGGCUCGUUGCAGUCUUUGGAAUGGCUGUAUUUCAGACAUAUGAAAGAUGGGCCUGGAUCCCACAAGUAAUCGUCCUUCUUGUAUUGGCCGGUAUCGCUUGUGAACACUUCGACACGUCCUCGCAGUCUACAGGGGGAAGUGCUGCUGUAACAGCCGGUCGUCUAUCGUUUUUCUCUAUUAGCCUCUCGGCUCCAGUAUCCUGGGCUGGUGCGGGGAGCGACUUCUAUGUUUAUUAUCCAGAGACAACCUCCAAACGCUUGGCUUUCUUCAUGACCUUGACUGGCUUGUGGACUUCGAUCACCCUCGUGUACAUCAUUGGAAUUGGACUAGCUUCCGGUAUCGCUGUGACACCAUCUUGGUCCACUGCCUAUGACAUCUCUUCCGGGGCCCUGAUACUUGAAGGUUACAGCGCCGUGGGAGGAUUUGGAAAAUUCUGUGGCGUGGUCGUUGCUUUGGGUGUCAUAGCAAACAAUGUCCCGAGCACAUAUGCAGCGGCACUCGGCUGCCAAGUCAUGGGUCGCUACGGGAAAAUGGUGCCCCGCUAUCUUUGGGUCUGUGCCAUCGUGCUCGUCUACUUCGUCUGCGCCAUUGCAGGUCGCGACCAUCUAUUCGUCAUCUUCCAGAACUUCCUCGCGCUCAUGGGAUACUGGGUUGUGAUCUUCGUCUCGAUAGUACUGGAGGAGCACUUGAUAUUUCGUCGGAACCGGGGCUUCGAUUGGGCUGCUUGGGAGAACAAGGAAUACCUUCCCAUUGGCGCUGCAGCAUUGACAGCUUUCCUGGUUGGAUGGGCCGGCGCUAUCAUCGGAAUGUCUCAAGUUUGGUAUAUCGGCCCUGUUGCGAAGCUAGUGGGCGGCAUUGGAGCUGAUGUUGGAAUAUGGCUGGGCAUGGGUUUCGCACUGCUUACUUUUCCGCCCCUUAGGUAUCUGGAGUUGAGAACAUUUGGAAAAUAG